CGAACAGUAACUGGAACCAUCACCCGUAUCCAGCGGCUUUCGGGCUCAAAAACGAAUUUUGUUUUUUUAAAAAAAAAACAUUUUCCUCCACACCCUUGCCGGCGAUCGAACUGCAGCGGCGAUGGACGGCACCGUCGACGAGCUAACCAGUGCCUACGAUGAGCUCAUCGCGGCGACGGCGGGCGUCCUGGAGGCGAGGGCCGCGUCCGGGGGGCAGAAGACGGCGGAGAUCGACGCCGCCCUGGUGGCCUUCAGGGAGCGGUGGGAGACCUUCCAGGCGGUUUGCGACCGCGCGGAGGAUAUGGUGGAGCGGGCGCGCCACCGCAUCGGGUCGGAGUUGCUGGUCGACGAGGCCACCGGCGCCGCCUCCCCGGCGCCCGCCAGCGGGGUACCCCCGAUCAACGCCUCCCGCCUCGAGCAGACGAGCAAGGCCGUCCGCUGGCUUGUCCUCGAGCUCCAGCGCGGUGCCGGGUCCGCUACCCCCUCCGCUGCUACCCCGGCUCCCGCCGCCGCUACUCCUUCCUCCUCCUCUGUGGCACCCUCUGACGCCAGGUUUUCCGAAGGUCCGAUCCGCUAGAGGUGCCUCUAUGGUUAGCCGAAUGAAGCAAAUAUUUUCUCAAAGUUUGUCGAGUUUUCUGGCACAAGUGGAAGCAUUGAAGGCCGGAAAAGCCCAUGCCAUUACCUGGAGAGGACUUUCCACCAGUAUGUCCGAGAUCUGGUUGUGCAAACUGCUGAGUGGCUGCAGCAUGAUUUGAUGGCAUUGCAUCACUAAUUGACAUGCAAUGAAAAUGGAGCAUGCAACUGCAUGAAGGUAUGCCACCUCUCACCUCCAAGGCCUGAAGAAUUGCUGUGAUGUCAAGCAAGUGGGAUGAGCAUCUUCCUUGCUUUAUCACCAACUCUGUUGAUUGGAACAAGUGAGCCUUUGUAUUUCUAUUUUGGUUCUCUUUGUUGUUGAUUCCAAAGUUUUUAUUUAAUUCAGUUUAUUACUGUAUUUCAAGAUUAUGAUAAUUAGUAAGAAAUGAUCUUAGCAGCGUCAUCAAUGUUGGAUGGAUGUUACAAAAUUUAAAUGUACUUGUUUGUGGAACUUGGCCUUUGAUAGAAACAAAUGAUAAGGCAUUUUCUGUACAAGUGGCUUCAGAUAAUGGGGAUAGGGCUUGUCUA